AUGCUCACCAAGAAGUCUCUGGCACCCGCUUUCUUCUGGAACUUCUCCCCAUCAACCACUCCCGAAUUGUCCCCCACCUCCUCGGACAGUGAUUCCGACGAGGACAUGGAUUCGUCCGGCUCCCGCCCCGUCAGCCUGGCCGUCUCGACGGGAGCCUUCUGCCCCAUGCGCCCGACCCUCAACGAGGUUCUGGCCAACACGGCCGCCCCGCCCUACACCCUGUCCGCCUUCAUGGCCUACCUCUCGCAGAAUCAUUGCCUCGAGACGCUGGAGUUUACCAUGGAGGCCAACCGCUACCGUGACACCUACGAUGCCUUGGCGGCCCGCCUCGGCCCCAACGGCCUCGCCGACCCACACACCCCGGAGUCGCAACACCUGCGCAUGCUCUGGCAGCGGCUGAUCAUGGCGUACAUCUUGCCCGGCGCCCCGCGCGAGAUCAACUUGUCCAGCGAGGUUCGCGAUGCCCUCCUCCGCUACCGCGACGUGAUCACCCCGCCCACCCCGGACAUCCUCGAUUCCGCCGUCAAACGCAUCCACGACCUGAUGGAGGAGUCCAUCUUCCUGCCCUUUCUCAACAGCCACGCCACCUCGCCCUCCAUGCCGGCCCAGAGCGGACCGCCUUUCAGCCCCGACGACAAUAUGAACCUGUCAAGCACCUCUCUCGAUGAGCACCCCAUGAACCGCGCCCGCUCCCGCACCAACCGCACCUCCCCACAAUCCUCCACCAAGGAUCUCGCGUCCGUCAGCCGCUCCAACGACUCACUCAGCGCGGCCUCUGGCUCCGGUAAGCGCGGCUCAGGCGCCCUGCUGAGCACAUCCGGCGAGUCGGCCUCGGUCGCGCUGACCGACGACUCAAGCCCGCAGUCCAGCCCGACCGCCGAGGAGCCGAUGACCCCGCCAACGACGCCACCCACCAACGAGCCGCAUCCAGCCCUGCACAGCCCGAAGCUGCGCACCGACAAUCCCUGGAAGAAGAUGGGCAUGAAGCUGGGCUUCAAGAAGCGGCCCGGACCCGGCAGUGGAGGCGCUACGCGGGACCCAAAGAUUCUGGGCCUGGACGACUAA